AUGUUUCCAUCAGUUGAUGGUCGCCUUGCUAUCCUCGCCGUCUUACUAGUACCCGCAUCCCUCGUUGUCAUCAAAGCCUUCAAGUGGUUAGUUCGGAACAGACAGAACAGACCUUGCCUUCCUCCUGGCCCAAUGCCGCUCCCACUGUUAGGGAACGUCUUAUCUAUCGACACCAAGGAGCCUUGGUUGACUUAUACCGAAUGGGGUGCUACUUAUGGAGACUUGGUUUUCGCGCGACUUCUAGGCCAGGAAGUCGUGGUGACCAAUUCUCAGCACGUUGCAGAAGCCUUAAUGGACAAGCGUUCUCGCAUAUACUCCGAUCGACCAUACAUAGCCACAGCCCUGGCAGAUUCGGUUGGUCAGUCAACUUUGCAGCAGCAGUUUAUGGCAACGAAUGGCGUCUUUGCAGGCGGACUCUUCCACCAAACGUUUCGUCCCGACUCUGCACUCAAGUUCCGUUUAAUGCAGAUCAAGCGGGCUCGUGAGAUGUCCGUCAACCUAAUUGAUGACCCUCAACACUAUCAUUCUCACUUUGCAACAUUUUCGUCAUCAGUUGCGAUGUCAGUGGCAUACGGCUACCAAACUAGUCCUCGUGAUGAUCCUCUGGUUCGAAUCGUAGAAGAUGCAAUGGCUAUUGGCGUUAAGGUCAUGACCCAAGAGAGAGCAACCUUGCUAAAACUCUUCCCAUUCUUGCUGAGUUUACCUGACCGGUGCUGGGGAUCCGCGAUCAAACGCGAUGCUCAAGUUUCGACCCAUCGCAUGACUGAAAUGACGGACCUGCCGUUCCAAUAUGCGCAGGAGCAUAUGGCCGAAAACUUGUCCCUCGGCCAUGUUUCUAUGGUAUCAGACAAUUUGCAACGGAUGGAGAAGCUGGAUCAGGCGUCAAAACCCAUCUUCGAGACUGCCUUAAAGAAAGCAACUGUUAGUACUAUCAUGGGUUCAUAUGAGACGACCACGGCGACCUUGAUGACUUUUGCUCUCGCCAUGGUAUUGUAUCCAGAUGUUCAAAGACGUGCACAAGCGGAGAUCGACUCAGUGGUUGGAGGAGAUCGCUUGCCUACAUUUGAAGACAGAGCCUCGCUACCCUACGUUGAAUCAGUCCUGCGCGAAACUUUGCGAUGGCACCCCAUUUUACCCAUUGGCGGACCACAUGCUACUUCAAGCGACGAUAUAUUCGAUGGCUACUUCAUUCCCAAAGGAGCAGCUGUGAUAUGCAACAUAUGGGCCAUUUCACGGGAUGAAACGCGGUACCCCGAUGCAUCUAGCUUUAUACCAGAGAGGUUCCUGGACGUCGAUAAUGCACUGACGGACGAUGACCCUGCUAGAUAUGUUUUCGGCUUUGGCCGGCGUGCAUGUCCAGGCCGAUAUGCUGCUGACGCCUCUGUGUGGUCCGCUAUUGUUACUAUGUUGUUCACGAUGGAGUUCUCUUCUCCCAAAGAUGACCAGGGGAAAGUAAUCGAAGUCACCCCCGGAUUCACCACGGGACUCAUUCAGUACUUGGUUUUUCUCGUAUCAUUCCAUCUUCUUGUCACUAACAGUUCUAUUGCUAUAGCUCCCCUAUGGUCUUCCCUUGCAAUAUCUCAGCACGCUCUCGCGCCCAUUCAGAACUUGUAG